GUCGGUUGCGAAAUCUUGGCAAGAAACAUGAAAGCUAUAGUCGCUCUUCUCGGAAUUGUGCUGUUCGGCAUUGCUGGAGCGAUGGGUACACCUGUUGUAGUUGGACUGCCUCUUCCGCUGCCAAUUGGCGUGGGAUUCGGAAUACCACCGCCUCCACCACCACCUCCACCGCCACCACCACCUCUGUCGUACGGAUACUAUUCGUACCCCCAGCACCACCACCAUCAUCAUAAUCAUGGAUAUGGCUACGACUACGGAUAUGGGAACUAUGGAUAUUGAGAAACCACUGAGUGGGAGUGUAGAAUAUUAUGGAAUGUGUUAUAUAAUUUAUUAAACUAUUUAUACAUAAA